AUGGGUUACUGGAAUUCGUCGGUAACGUUACCUUUGUCACUCUUUAUCACUAUUUUUCUCGUUAUUAUUGUUGCUAUUAACUUGGCAGGUGUCCGUGGCUAUGGCGAGGCCGAGUUUCUUUUUGCGAUUGUCAAAGUCAUAGCUAUUAUUGGGUUCAUCCUCCUGGGCAUUGUGAUCAACAUUGGUGGCACUCCAACAAGCGGCUACAUAGGCGGCAAAUACUGGUACGACCCGGGGGCAUUCAACAACGGCUUCAAGGGCCUCUGCACUGUCUUCGUGACCGCAGCCUUCGCCUUCGCAGGUACCGAGCUCGUCGGCCUCGCAUCAGCCGAAACAUCCAACCCCCGCAAGUCUCUACCUACAGCUAUCAAACAAGUCUUCUGGCGCAUUACCAUCUUCUACAUCGUCUCCCUCACACUAGUCGGCCUGCUCGUCCCCUACACCGAACCCCGUCUCCUUGGCGCCACCAGCGUCGCCGACGCGUCCGCCAGCCCCUUCGUGAUCGCGAUCGAGAGCGCCGGCACCACCGUGCUCCCUAGUAUCAUGAACGGCGUCAUCCUAGUAUCCGUCAUCUCAGUCGGCAACUCCUCCGUCUUCGGCUCCUCGCGCACCCUCGCGGCCCUCGCCGAACAAGGGCAGGCCGCUCCCGUCUCGAGUAUCGGCCUGCUGGCCUACCUGGCGAACUACCAGGCCUACGGCCGCGUGUUUGACUGGCUGCUCGCCGCUGGGGUGGUGGGGAGCUGGGUGGGAUUGAUUUGCAAUGUGGUGAUCCUGGCGGCGCAGCUCUGGGUGGCUAUUUCGCCGCUGUCCACCGAUGGGGACGAGCGGAUGACUGUGACGCAGAAUUUCUUUGUCCAGUGUCUGGCGCUGCCUGUGGUAUUGGUUUUCUGGCUCGGGCAUAAGCUGUGGUAUCGGACGAGCUUUGUGAGAGUGGAGGAUAUGGAUAUUGAUACGGGGAGGCGGGACUUUGGGAGGUUGGGGAUUAUCAAGGCGCAGGAGGAAGAGGAGAGGCAGAGUUGGCCGAAGUGGAAGCGGCUUUACAGAGUCAUUUGUUAA